UCCUACAGGAACCGGGACGGACUCAGUGUUGGCGGAAGUGUUGGACUCGUCAGCGGGUCGACAACAUGAAGUGAAGCCCGGACUGACCUGUUAUCGACAGUCAGUCCAAAAGAAUGCAGAACGGUUCGUCAUGUCGGGGGGAAGAACCGGUGGGAGUGGGAUGGAACCACGGAACGGGCUCAAACCGUGGCUCGGUUCGGCUCUGUCGGUUCUGAGUUCUGCUGUUACUGUGACUGGUGUCGGCCUGUGUUGUUCCGUGUUUUACCCGCUACUGAGAGACCUGCGAGCAGAGCGGACGACUGGAGAGAGCGGGACAGAGGAGAGGGUUCUGGGGUUCUGGACCAUCCUGGUGCUGGCCGUGCUCGUAGGGUGUUUCUGCUGCGUCUUCUCCUGGACUCUCACCUACCUGGACUCGAAGCGGCCCGGCGUGAUGUCACCCGCCCUCAGGGAUGGACCCGGGUUCAACCACAGUUCUGGGCUGGCUGCUCUCAGUGGGGUCAUGGCUGUGCUCACAGUCAUCUGGACCCUGACCUGAAACUCUCAGCAGGACCUGGUCCGGUCUUUGUCUAACUGCAGAGUCCUCAGAGUUAAAUAAAGUCUCAUGUGAUCCAGA